AUGCAAAAAGUCAAGAGAUACUCCACGAAAGGUGGCCUUCAGCGAGAAGAUUCUGACGAUGAGCUAGGUAGUGAGGAUCAUCCAUGGGAGUGGAUUUACAGCUCCGAUGAAUCCAACCUGCCGCCCGAGGAAGAGAGUAGGAAUGUCAGGAAGCGCAAAGCAAGUGCUUUGAAAGAUUCAUCGAAGAAUGCCACCAACAUAAUAGGUGCACAGAUGGGCUCGUUCUCGGUCCGUGUGGGGGAUGCAAUAUUGUUAAAGUCGCCUGAACAAGGCAAGGACUGGGUGGCUCUUACCUGUUCGUUCUCCGAGACCAACGAAGACGACGAGGACGAGAUGUCCGUCUAUGUCCAGUGGUUCUGCUCGCCGGAAGAACUCGCCUUUGGCAAGAGGUCGAAGAUCCGUCCAGAUGUUCUGCCGAACGAAUCAUACAUCACCACAGAUUUCAAUAUGAAUCCUCUGACCGCAAUAAAUGGGAAGGCAACAGUUCUAUCGCGAGACGCCUUUUUCCAUAAAUAUCCCGCUGGUGCUCCGCCGAAGUCCAAGUCAGCAGCAAAUCUUUAUGCCAAAACUAUUCUCUGCCGACGAGGGGUAAAACAACGGACUUUGCGCUUUACCCAGGAGAUUGUCUGGGACGAAAUAUACAAGGGCCCGGAGGAUCUACUGGCUUUAAUUGACUGGGUGAAAGAUCAAACCAAAGGCCGAAAACCUCCCAGAGAGGGCGAUCAUGAUUACGAAGAGAAGAGAGAAGCCGGGGAUGAUGAAGUACCCAUUACGCCUCGCAAGCGACGCAAAAUGACAGCAGUCUCAACACCAAAAUCCUCGGCUAAAGUCUCGAAAUAUACGACUCCAACUCACAAAAGAAUAAUGGUCAAAAAGCCCAUUGAGAUCACACCGCUUGGCACUAGGAUCCUUACACCGAGCCAAUACACGUCGACUCCGUACUCUCAAGCCCGUACAACCCUGCAUGUUUCUGCUGUUCCAACAUCACUACCCUGCCGCUCGAACGAAUUCAGCGCAGUGUACUCUCAUCUCUACUCCGCCAUUGCCGAUGGUUCUGGCGCCUGUAUAUACAUUUCAGGCACACCGGGCACAGGGAAAACAGCAACGGUGCGUGAAGUUGUCGGAUCCUUGCACCAAGCCGUGCUAGAUGAAGAGCUUGACGACUUCAAUUUCAUCGAGAUCAAUGGCAUGAAGGUCACAGAGCCUCACCAGUCGUACUCGCUGCUGUGGGAAGCGCUGAAGGGGGAUCGUGUCAGCCCUAACCAUGCUCUCAGUCUCCUAGAGCAAGAAUUCUCACACCCCAGCCCACGGCGUAUUCCUUGCGUCGUGCUGAUGGACGAGCUGGACCAGCUGGUCACCAAGAACCAGAGCGUCAUGUACAAUUUUUUCAACUGGCCGGCAAUGCGACAUUCGAGACUGAUUGUCCUCGCAGUCGCGAAUACGAUGGAUUUGCCAGAACGAACACUUUCCAAUAAGAUCAGCUCCCGUCUUGGCCUGACGAGAAUCACUUUCCCGGGAUACACCCAUACGCAGUUAAUGGAGAUCAUAUCUUCACGGCUGGCAGGCGUUCCAGGUAAUAUUGUCGACCAGGACGCCAUACAAUUUGCCAGUCGAAAAGUUGCGGCAGUGUCUGGUGAUGCGCGUCGAGCACUCGAUAUCUGUCGGCGAGCGGUGGAGCUCACGGAGCAGUCUCAGCCGAAGUCAGAGCUGUCUACCGGAGACGAAGACGAGCCGUCAUCCAACACGCCCAGCCGCAAAGGCAGAAACGAAGCGAAGCAGCACGAGAACGAAGCCGUCGGGGGCGAGAAACGGCUCCCCAGGGUGACUAUCGCGACGAUCAAGCAGGCCAUCAACGAAGCGACCUCCUCGCCUUUAGCACAACAUCUCCGCUCCGUGUCGUUGAGUUCCAAACUCUUCCUUGCCGCCGUUCUUGCACGCCUCCGACGGACUGGAAUCGCCGAGUCUACCCUGGGAGAUGUCCUGGUCGAAGCCAAACAUAUCGCGGACAUGGCGGAGACUGGCCUCGUCCACGAGUUCCUGCUGCUCGAUAGCGAGACAGAGAAGCGCGCGGACAUCCUCCCCAAAGUAUUGGCAUUGAGUGGUGCUGCGAUCGGAUUGGUCGAGGCAGGGAUUAUUGCCAUGGAGGGCCGUGGUCGAGGCGAGAGAGCCAGUAAAAUCAGAUUACGCAUCGGCGAGGAAGAGGUGAAGAGUGCGCUGAUGGGGGAUCUGGAGGCUAAAGGCUUGGGUUUUGGUGCCUGA